UUAAUGGGACCGAAAACUCCUUCGCUUGACUACCACGAAGUCGGCAGGUCCCUGUCUACACUGAUGGCUGACGAGCACUUCCACGACACGGCCUACGUAGCAGCGCACCGUUCGGACAUCCUGGACUCCCUGAACGACUUCCUGAAGGACUCCAUGGUCCUGCCACCGGGUGAAUGGGACAAGGCC